AUGUCUGACGAAGAGGAUUACUAUGACGAGGGCUAUGACGGAGAAUGGCUUUUCUGGGACGAGGGAGAUGCGGACAUUGUUGAUGAUCUUGCUAAUGGCACCAUCCAUUCGCCGGUCUAUCUAACCGAUCAGGCAUUGUAUGCUGCCCUGGAAAGCGACUCGGACUGGGAUUACUACACCGAUGAGUACUACGAUGACGAUCCAUCAAUUGUUAACCGGCAGGAAGGGACAUCUAUGAACAGCAACAGUAAAACCCCUGGCACAAAACGAAAGCGGUUUUCUGUUGACCAGGACGGGCGACCACCGAAAGGCGUCAAAGGGCUUUAUCCGGACAUCAAUUCCUUCCGCGGCGUUGUUUGGCGAACGCCUUCUCAUUCUUUACGGCGGGAGGAGUUAUACGAACCGGGUAUGGGUGAGACAGUCUCUCUACUACGAAAUUGGCGUGAAUUGUUCACCUAUCCCGAACCUAAAUCCCCUUCUAUCCACGCCAACCAUUCAACAACUCACAUGCCAGGCCUCCCAAAAACGAAUAAUCAUCUUCACGACCAAAUCUCAUCCCUCAAACCUGAGAUUUACGAUUCCGCCCCUUCCCUCUGUGAGGAUGAAUGCGUCGAGGACGAUGCCGAAACAGGCGAAUCACCAUAUUCUCUCAUAGGCCGGAGUGCAUAUACCCCUCCUCCACUCCAUUUUAACGAUGCUGCACAUGAAGAUUUGGAGAGCGCUAGCGGAAUUUCGUCUGAACCUUGCAAACAUACCUUUCAGUCUAAGCGCACGUCCCACAAACCUUCUUCUCGACUGAAACAGAUGACCGCUGUCGAAGACAUUACACCGCCAUCAAGCGCUGAUACUGAGGCUUCGCGAUCCCCGCCUCCGGAUGUCACCUCAGAACGAAGAAAAACAACCAACGGAAGUGCAGAUUCACCGGAUCCACAGCCUCGUCAAGGGAUACAGGUCCUUGUGGGUCCUCCCAAGCGCCCCGAGUCUAGCUAUCAUUUUCUCGCUGACGACUCUGUAUCAAGUGAGAAGCAGCUGCCUCGUCACUAUGGGAAGAAGAGAAAGGCUAGUCCUUCAGACUUGGCCGAACAAGAGGAGGGGAAAGCAGCGAGGAAGAGAGGAAGGCCAGCAAAAAUGGGGGAAGCUGCAUCUCAAAAGGCACCCGCGGCAAAAGUUUCACGGUCGUCAACGUCAGUAGAGAACAAGCGGUGUUUAAGAGAACGGAAGAAGUAG